AUGUCUACUCAAAACAAGGUCUUAUUAGUCGGUGCUACUGGUUACAUUGGACAUCAGGCUGCUUUAGCUCUUCGUCGUAACAAUUACUUGGUCUAUGGACUUGCCAGGUCCGAAGCCAAAGCCGUUUUCUUGGCUAAAGAUGAGUUGAUUCCAAUUAUUGGAACUGGCGAAAAGCCAGAUUACCUUGAUGAAAUUGUCACUCACGAAAUCCACACCGUGAUUGACUUCACUGGAACUCCCACUUCUACUGCUGACAUCCUUGAGAAGUUGCAAUCCAUUGUCACGGAAAAGAAAUUCAAGGUCAAUUUCAUUUACAUCAGUGGUAUCUGGGUUCACGGUGACUCGUCCGAGAAAGUUACUGAAGCGGACAAGCCUGUAAUUGAAAAGGUUGGAUCCUUGGUCAAGUACAGAGUUGCUUUGGAAGAGAAGAUUCUUUCUUUAAAAGAUAUCAUUCCAAGUAUCAUCAUCAGACCAGGAAUCUUGUUUGGAGGCAAGGCAGACAUUUGGGGCGUCAUGUUUGGCCAAGUCUUAGGUUCUGUCUUAGCAGGUGAUUCUACUGUUACCAUUCCUCUCAGAGAAGAAUUGACGAGUGGCUUUAUCCACAACGAGGACUUAGCCCAACUCAUCUUCCUCGCUGUUGAGAAGUUUGAUUCUGCUAACUCUGCAGUAAUCAAGUCUCCAAUUUUUGAUGUUAUCAGUGAAACAGUUAAUGUCCCAUCUAUUAUUGUAGCCGGAGCUGAUGAGUUGGGUUUUAAAGGCACGAUAAACUUUACUGGUCACCCAACAUUCGAGGAAAAUCCCCUCCUUGAACUGUUUGACACCAAUGUUCGCUGUAGCAAUGAACUUGCGAAGAAGACUUUCGGUUGGGAGCCAAAAAUUCACUUGGCUGAAAACUUGGCUCUUUUGGUUCGCACCUGGGUUGUUCACCAAAACGAGGACUUCUACACCACUCUCUCUAAGAAGUAA